UCCUCUGCCCACUCCGCCCGGCGGCUCCCCAGGAGGAAGCCGGCGAGUCCGGCCGCGCCGCCUGCACGGGCCGUGCCCAAGAGCCAGCGGGCAGGCUUUGUGUUGGGGACCGGAGGCCUCUGCCUGGACAUCGGGAGGACAGCCGGCCUCCGCUGCCCCCUUAACAUGGAGUCAUCUGGGUGAGGGCAAGUGUGGCUUGAAGUCCGAAGGAAACACCGCAGCCAAGGCUACGCGUAACUUCUGCAGAGGGGAGUACAGGGGAUGCCUGCUCGAAGCCAGUCACCGAACUCGAUGAAUGAUGCCGGCGUGGGAACUUAAUGAUGUGCCAGUGUCCUCAUUCUAUCGUGUGUUCCGUUCUUUUGCAAUCUCAGCAAAAAUGGUCUUCAAAGAAAGUAUUUUGUGACAUAAGAAGCUCCUUUUCCAUUUGUCAUGACCAGCCUGUCUUAAGAUGAACAUCGGUUCUACAGAGUCUGCAGUUUUGUGGUCUCGAAGAAGCAAAUGCCCAUUUAACACGGAGCCUCACUAAAAAAACCGACGUCAGAAUGUUUGUUAGUGGCAGACGAGUGAAAAAAUGGCAGUUUGUCCAGUUAUUUGCCACUUGUUUCAUCCUGAGCCUUAUGUUUUUUUGGGAACCAUUUGAUAACCACAUCGUGAGCCAUAUGAAAUCCUACUCCUACAGAUACCUCAUCAACAGCUACGACUUUGUGAACGAGAGCCUGUCUCUUAAGCGCAGCGAGGAUGGGGCUCCUCACUACCAGUACCUGCUUAACCACAAGGAGAAGUGCCAAGCACAGGACGUCCUCCUUCUGCUGUUUGUAAAGACGGCUCCUGAAAACUACAACCGACGCUCUACAAUCAGGAAAACAUGGGGCAAUGAGCAGUAUGUUCGGUCUCAACUGAAUGCCAACAUCAAAACUCUGUUUGCCUUAGGAACACCCUCAAACCCACUGACGAGAGAAAAACUGCAAAGGGAAUUGGUCUGGGAAGACCAGAUGUACAACGAUAUAAUUCAGCAAGACUUUGCCGAUUCUUUCUACAAUCUCACUCUUAAAUUACUGAUGCAGUUCAGCUGGGCAAAUACCUUCUGUCCACAUGCUAAAUUCCUCAUGACUGCGGACGAUGACAUAUUUAUUCACAUGCCCAACCUUAUUGAAUACCUCCAGAGUUUAGAACAGAUGGGCGUUCAAGACUUUUGGAUUGGCCGUGUUCAUCGCGGUGCCCCUCCCGUGAGAAACAAACACAGCAAGUACUAUGUCUCCUAUGAAAUGUACCAGUGGCCAGCCUACCCUGACUACACUGCUGGGGCUGCCUACGUGAUCUCUAGUGAUGUGGCUGCCAAAGUCUACAUGGCCUCACAGACACUCAACUCUAGUCUUUACAUCGAUGAUGUGUUCAUGGGCCUCUGUGCCAAUAAAAUGGGGAUAGUACCACAAGACCAUGUGUUUUUCUCGGGGGAAGGAAAGACCCCUUAUCACCCCUGCAUCUACAAUGAAAUGAUGACAUCCCACGGACAUGUUCACGACCUCCAGGACCUGUGGGAGGAUGCCACAGACCCGAAAGUGAAAACAGUUGCCAGUGGUUUUCUUGGCCAGCUAUACUGCAAGAUGAUGAAGAUAGUUCUCCUUUGCAAAUUGACCUAUGUGGACACAUACCCCUGUAGGGCUGCCUUUGUCUAAUAGUACUUGAAUGUUGUAUGUUUCCACUGUCACUGAGCCAAGCCUGGAUGAAAAAAACCUUUAAAUGUUUGUCUACACCUUACAUGAAAGAUGAAUAUGAACAAAACAAAGAAAUCUUUUGAAAGUGCAGUCUCUCAGAAUUUUUCUUUGAUUGUAGAAGCUAUUCAGUAUACGUUCUCUACUUCAUUGCCUAAAUCCAUUUCAAGGAAUUUAUAUGUAGAAAAGGUUUGUGAAAACAAAACUAAAGGGAAAUUCAGGUUCUCGAUGCCACAUGAAUAUUUGCAGCAUAAAGAAGUUAUUAAGGAACCAUAGUGUUAGAAUGACUGCAUUGGAAAGUACCAACCAAAUGUCAAAGAAAGGAAUAUAUUGUUAAACUAGGUAUACAACUUAAUUUUUAUUAAAGAGCACUUGAUGGAAAUGGUGGAGGCAGCAGAGGAUUGGCAUAAGAGAAAGUAUUGCACUUGGUAAAAGCAAGCCUUGUAUUUUUCAGAGGAGAUUUAGGAAAAUUUAUAGCAGGUCCUCAAAUAUCCUGGUUUUGUCAAGCACCAUUUUAUUAUAGCAUUGAUGAGAUUUUGUAGGAACUUAACUCUUGUUUAUAUCAAUUAGCCUAUUGUAAAAAUUUUUCAUUACACAUUGUUCCACUGCAGUUCCAAUUAUUGAUAAUGUUAAAUGAGGACUUCUGUACAAUUUCUUUACAAACAGCCAAAUCACUUAUUGUCACAUCCAUGUAUCAAUAGAUAGUGUUAGGGCCAUUUAAAACAUAUUUAUGUCUCUCCCCCCCCCCCUCCCACACACAGUUUAAUAUAAAAUUGGAGAAGUCAUUAGCUCUGCCCUAACUGGUAAUGUUAUAUAUAUAUAUAUAUAUAUGAUGUAGAAAAUGACACAAAACAUGGCAGCUUGCUACCCAUAAGAUCCCUCUGUAGGAAGAAAUCAUUGUUAAUUCAAAUAAGCUGAUAUUAACUUUAAUUCAAUGAAUUUUUCAACUGGUUCUUAAAUAUUCAUAUUGAUCUGUUUUUAAGGUAGUUAUUUGAAUGUAGUUUGCAUUCAAAUAAAAUAAUGAAGACUUCCAAAGGAAAGGUAGAACAUUAAAAUUUUUUCUUUAUAAAUUAUAAAAUAAAAUUCUUAAUACCUAAAUUAUUGUAAUGGUUACUAAAAUUAGCCUACACCUCCCCAACAAGGUCUCUAAACCACAGUAUUUUGUUCCAGUUUCAGAUUUUAAAAUUGAGCAUAUUAAACAUCACACCAAAACUACAGUAUCUUUAAAAAAAUCAAUUUCAUCAAAAUAACCAUUAGACGAAUCUUUGGCUUUUAAAUAUUUUAAAUUUGAAGUCAGAAUGAAAGAUAGAAAGUUGUCAGAAUGAGAUUGAAAGCAUUUAUAAAGCCACAUCCCAUAUAAUAAAAGCCUAAUAUGCAAAUUGACCAAACGCAGAACGAUGGGUAGAAUGACCUGUCACUAUGAUGCACACUGACCACCAGGGGACAGGUGCUCAACACAGAAUCUUCCCCCAGCCUGCAAUCCCCAGGCCAGCCAAGGCGGGUGCCAGCAGCCCCCAAACCCAUCUCCCUGCCAGUCGCCCCACGGAUCGGCCCUGAUCACUGGCCAGGCCUAGGACCCUUCCCAUGCACGAAUUUCGUGCACUGGGCUCCUUGUGUUCUUUAUAAUCAAGGAGGUGUGGCUGAGGUAGAAUAGAGUAACUUGUGACUUCCAUUUCUUCUACAAAGCAGGGCAGAAAGGUGCCACAGUGCCAACAGCCUCCCCUCACCGCAGAAAGAACGGGAUGAUGUCUGUUAUUGGGGGGGUCAUGUGAAAGCCAAAACAGCAACUUCAGCAAAAGCAGUUGUACUGAUUAUAGAACCUCUGUCUGCAGAGGUGCUUGUUAGGGACAACGAGAAGUCUCUCGUGUAAUUAGAUGAUGUUUGAAACGCGAAAAACAAAAGAGAACUAAAAAAAGAAUCCUCAGUAAACACAGCUAGAUGAUGGCAUAUAUAAUUUUUUUUUUUUUUUUGCAGGUAGCUUUUUAAUGUUUACAGAAAUCUUUCUAUUUUGAAAUUUGAGGCUUGUUUACGUUCAUUGCUCAGAUAAUUCAGAAUUUUUAAAUAAUGUCAAAACUACAGUGUCAACCAUUGUAGUUCGUAGUUCCCUUCCGAGUAGAUUCGGGUUUUUAGAUUACAGCUUGAAAUUUCUGACCAAUUUAAAAAACAAGAGGAUAAAAGCACAGUUUGACAAAGCAGAUUUAUAAUUAAUUUUCACUACUUGAGCCUCUAACAACUGCUUGCCUUUUGGCCAUACAACACCCUGUGUAGCUGUACUUGUGACUGUUUAAAUGUUUCUUUGAUUGACAAUGUCAGCAUCUCCCUGGCCACUGAAAUGAUCUUGUUUGUUUACAGCAAUACUUCUGUGAAACUAUUAUUUAUUUGUGAAAGAGCUCUCCUCAACUGUGUUCAUCUUUUUCUUUUUGCUUAAAAUAGAACACAUUUAAAUUUAAAGGAAAUAUGAAGGCACUUCCUUUUUUAAUAAGUAGGAAAUUGCCAGAUGCUUCUUUCAUCAGACUUAAAAGUACUGAAGAAGACUAUUUGUAAAUACAAUAUAAGGAUUCCCACCUUUUAAAAAGGAAGGUACAACUUUGGUGCUCCAAUGCAGGGCUGUCUGCAAACUCAUAAACGAAGGGAAAAUAAACAAGCAGCUUGGAUGGUCACUUGGGUAGAAGAUGGUUGUACACAGUGUUAUUGCUAAAAACGUUUUUACCUCUUGGUGGUUUGCAUCUUUCUUUUUUCGUAUUAACUUUAUACCAAAAUGUUAAAUAUUUAUAUUAUUUGAAUUUUGCUUAUAUGUUAAAAUAAUUAGUGUUUUUUUAAAUAAAUAUGUGAUUUACAAUAAACAACUUGAAAAUUG